AUGGUACGCAAUCUCGAAUACCCUAAGCGGGCACAGAAUACAGUCAAGCGAUACGACAGCAGAGGUACCUAUGACUGCGGUGCGAUCCACCAGAUCAUCAACACCACGCCAGUCCUCCAUGUCGCCUUUCCACCCGGAGGCGACGAGCCGUUUGCUGCUCUACUACCCAUGAUCGGCGUUAUGGGGUCGUUCGACUAUCCAUCAGCCGACAUCAGCGAGCCACUUGACUGCUAUCUCCAUGGGUAUGUCAGCGCACGCCUCAUGAGGCUUGCCCGUGACUCAGAGAAAGGUCUACCUGUCACCAUUGCAGCAACCAAAGUGGACGGGCUCGUGCUAUCCCUUACACCGAAUUCGCAUAGCAUGAACUAUCGCUCAGCCGUUCUGCAAGGAUAUGCUAAACCAGUUGAGAAAGUCGACGAGAAGUUGUGGGCCAUGGAGAAGAUCACCAACAAAGUGAUUCCUGACCGAUGGGCAAAUACUCGGGUACCACCAGACGGCGCCGAGAUGUCCUCGACCAUGAUCUUACGUGUUACUAUCGAGACCGCCAGCGGUAAGAUUCGACAAGGAGAGCCGCAUGAUGAGGCCAAGGAUGAAAAGAGGCCCGAGAUCACCGGAAGUGUUUGGACUGGCGUGGUCCCGGUAUAUGAGGCCUAUGGAGAGCCAAUUCCAAGCAAAGGCAACCAAGUCGAGCAGCUGCCGACGUACAUCAACUCGUAUGUGGCGCGUGCAACAGAGGGCAACAGAACCAAGGCACUCGAUGCUGCAAAGGAACCGUAG